AUGUCUUUCAACAGCUUCCGUUCGUUGUUCCAGCGUUACUCUGGUAAACAGUUUGCACAGUUCACCAGAAAUAUGUCACAAACUGCAAAGAAGCAUUUUCCAAAGCCUGUUGCUCGUGCAGGCGUCUCUGGAGGUGCUUUGUUAGCCCUUGGUAUUCUUGGUGUCGGAGCAUACUCAUUGGAUGCACGUUCUGCAAUAAACGAGUAUGUCUGGUGCCCUCUCUUCAGAUGGUGCACUACUGCUGAGCAGGGACAUCAUUUGGGAAUUGCUUUGCUUAAGUACGGAAUCUUUCCACGUGCUUUUGGUGACCACGAUGAUCCAAUUCUUCGUGUUGAUCUUUUUGGAAGAACAUUGGCUAAUCCUAUCGGUAUGGCUGCCGGUUUUGACAAGCAGGCUGAGGCCAUGGAUGCCCUUUACGAUCUUGGCUUUGGUAUUGUUGAAGUGGGAACUAUUACCCCUGAGCCCCAGUUUGGUAACCCAAGGCCACGUUUCUUCAGACUUAACGCUGAUGAAACUGUGAUCAACAGAUACGGUUUGAACUCUGAUGGUAGACUAACUAUUCUUUCCAGGCUUAGAGUUCGUCUAGAAAAGUAUUUGAAGAAGUCUAAUGCAUGCAAGACCAAUAACUCGUUCAGAGAGGGUAAAUCUUUGUUUGUUAACAUUGGUAAGAACAGAAAUGGUGACACUAUCGAUGAUUAUCUAGUUGGUGUUGACACCUUUGCUCCUUAUGCCGAUGCCCUUGUUCUUAAUGUUUCUUGCCCAAGUGCUCCAGGUGUUCGUGAUCUCCAGGAAAAGGAUGUUCUUUUGGAGUUGCUUACAAAAGUUCGUGAGGAGAGAGAUAAGGUUGGUGCAAAUGUGAUUGAUCCAGCAAGAAAACCUCCUAUCAUUGUCAAGGUUGCUCCAGAUCUAUCCGAAAAAGAGAUUGCAGACAUUGCCGAUGUUGCAAAGAAAUCUAAGAUUGACGGUAUCCUCAUGUCAAACACUACUACUGCUAGACCAGCUUCUUUGAUCACCAAGGGACCUGUUGUUCAGGAGAAGGGUGGAUUGUCUGGACGUGCAAUGAGAGAUAUUUCCUUGAAGGCUUUCCGUACUUUGAGAAAAUACACAAAGGACUCCGAUUUGGUUUUGAUCGGAUGUGGUGGUAUUUUCACAGGUAAGGAUGCUAUUGCAUUCGCCAAAGCUGGUGCAAGUGCAAUCGAGUUGUACACUUCGUUUGCUUACAGAGGACCAGGAAUCCCAGACAAGAUCAAAGAUGAGAUUGUUCAGGAAUUGAAAAAAGAGGGAAAAACCUGGAUGGAAAUUGUCGGUUCAGAUGACGAGAAGAAUUAG